AGAGAGAUGAAAGUAGCAAUGCAUAACGCUGCACAAAAAAUGCUGCCGAUCGCUUUCUUCCUGUAUAUUGCAGUCGUUACAGUUGACAGCGAGAAUUUCGGUAUGUCAAGAACUUUGCUUAAAGUAUACUUGCUACCUUUUUACGGGUGCACAGCAUUAUUUAAAAUGGGAUCUGUUAAUCUUGAAUUAGAACCACUGUACGAGGCAAUCAAACAAUACGGUUUUUGGUUUUGGGAGGGGAGGGGGGAGACUAAGCAUAAAGAAAAAUUGAGUCAUUAGCGAAGGGGCACACCUCCUGUUUUUGUUAACCAACAGCGUAACCGUGACGUUAGCUGCUAACCGGAAAUAUCUCUUGAGUCAGUGAAGCUUGGUGUUAAUUACUGUCUAUCGUUCCUGCAAAGAGAAGCUUCCUAAGCAAGAUGAGCCUUCCUUCAGCCUUGAGAAUUGUUGCCAUAUCAUAACGUGAAAUAUUCUUACGAUACUUUUGGUGAUCAAAAAAUGCUAGCAGACACUCCAGAAAUAUUGGAUCUUAAGGAUUUUGUCAAGGAUUAAUUAAAAACAAUAGGCCUUUGGUUAGUUGUUGAUGGUGAUGUUUUUGUUGUUGUUGUUGUUUAAACUUGUUUGUUGUCUUUACCGUUUUAUUUGCAAUGUAGCCUGCGAGAACAGUCGUCUCCCCUAGCUCCUCGGCGCUAAGGCGUUUCGCCUCAGCGACAGAAAUAUCCAUACUGUUGACGUCAAUAAGAUCUGCCCGGAAUCUGGUCAGAAACUCUGAUUGGUUGACGUAGUGUUUACGAACGGCAAAGAAAGAACGAACCGUUAAAAACAGUCAAUAUUCGCGGAAUAUAUUAUUCUUAAGAAAAACACAAACGCAAUAAUCGACUAGGAGAAACAUUUGGAGCCCCAUGACUACCGGAUUUGUUAUUAAACAUUAUGAAAACAACAACAGCAACAGCAUGCAGUUUGAUAAACAUGGUGCAUUCCCGGCUAAGAAAAUGAAAAAGUAUAUAAGUGAAAUAAUGUGGUUCCUCUCUAGUCACAUUAAUCACCUCGCGAAUAACCUUAAACAGAUAAAACGUCAAUUUGACAGGAACAUUACUUUUAUUUACAUGCAUAGGGUAUGAAACUAUUGGAUGCUACAGGGACACAUCAAACCGCGCAAUCCAGCCCUUGGAAGGAAAGGAUUCCAUUUUGGAUGGAACAUAUUGGACUCGGAAGAACCCCAUCGCAAAGUGUGCCCAGGCUGCAAGAAGAGCAGGUUAUGGCAUGUUCGCCGUUCAACAUAGUGGCUGGUGUGCGGCCAGUGCUACAGCACCAAAGACCUUUGACAAAUAUGGAAAAUCUACAGCUUGUGGAUCUGAUGGCGAGGGAGGGCCAUGGGCUAAUCAAGUUUAUGUCAUCAAAGGUAAACUAAAGUAUCUUCCUUUUGAUAAGGAAGACCUGAAUAAUAUAUGCUACUUUCAAAAUGACUUGGUUCAUUGUCGCCAAAACGAUGUCAAUGACAACGAAACUUCAUAGAAAAAACUUCGAAAGCAAUUCUUAUAUAUUCUCUUAAAAUGUAUCAGCAGUAAUAUUAUAUUUUAAACGAAAUUUUAGCAUCCAUUGGAUGCUACCUGGACAAACCGAGUCGAGCAAUUCAACCCUUGGAAGGAAAGGAUUCUAUUUUGGAUGGGGCAUAUUGGACUCGAAAGAAUCCAAUUGCAAAGUGUGCCGUGGCUGCAAUGAGAGCGGGUUACAGCAUGUUUGCAGUUCAACAUAGCGGCUGGUGUGCGGCCAGUGCUACAGCACCAAAGACCUUUGACAAGUAUGGAAAAUCUACAGCUUGUGGAUCAGAUGGUGAAGGCGGACCAUGGGCGAAUCAAGUUUAUGUCGUUAACGGUAAGACGUUGUUUCGAUGUAGGUCCCUCAGUCACUUAGAAGAGACACAAACCAUUUUAUGCUAUCAGUUGCCAGCCGUCCAGUAAAUUUUUUUUUUUGGGCAACCAGUUUUUUUGUCAUUGUAAAGCAGAAAAGGUAACUAUGAUGUAGAACUGACGCUUGAUACUAUGGAAAAUAACCAUAAACUAAAAGAUGACAUGACUCACUAUCAAAUAAAAGUAAAGGAUCUCGCUAGUCAAUUAUUAAAUUCACUCUAUUUUACCCUUUCAUGAGCACCAGCUCCCAGUAUUCGAAAGUUUUAUUUUGUGUUCGUUUUUUAUCUCCUUUUAGGAUAUGGAUCCAUUGGAUGCUACAAGGACACCGGAAACCGAGCAAUUUUACCCUUGGAAGGAAAGGAUCCUAUUUUGGAUGGGACAUAUUGGACUCGAAAAAACCCCAUUGAGAAGUGCGCAGUGGCUGCAAUAAGAGCAGGUUACAGCAUGUUCGCAGUUCAACAUAGUGGCUGGUGUGCGGCCAGUGCUACAGCACCAAAGACCUUUGACAAGUAUGGAAAAUCUACAGCUUGUGGAUCUGAUGGCGAGGGUGGACCAAGGGCCAAUGACGUUUAUGUAAUCAGAGGUGAGACAGCUAGAUAUAGUGUUUCGAUGUACACCCCGCAUUAUUUGACAUCACAUGCCACCAGUAGCUAACCGUCGUGUCUUUUUUCUUCUGUUGAAGCACCAGACGAAAUAUCAUCGUAAACUCGAACGGUUGUGGGUUGAGUUUCUUGUCGGUCCUCUCCCGUGCCCCGGAAGGCUUUUCUUGGGUACUCCGGUUUUUUUUUCUGGACUCUCUUCUGCGUUUCCUGGAAUUAGUUAAUAAGGAUCAAAUAUAUAUUUGAGAAAGAAAGAAACCCCUAUAUAACACUAAAAUUCAGCAAGUAAACUUAAAAUUAAUCCUUUUUAUAGGAAAAGUGCAAAUUUUGAAAAAAAUGGCUGUCAAAUUUCGGUUGCCAUAGAAUUCAAAGUAUGCUUGGCCAUACCCGUUACGACAGCCUUCAAAUGUUCCCAGAUAAUUUUUAGAAAAUUUUUAGUUUUCAUAGCUCAAGAGGCUUUUAAACGAUCUUUGCUUAUUAAGGAUAUGAAUCCAUUGGAUGCUACAAGGACACCGCACAUCGUGCAAUCCACCCCUUGGAAGGAAAGGACCCUGUUUUGGAUGGAUCUUAUUGGAGUCGAAAAAAUCCUGUUGAAAAGUGUGCCGCAGCUGCAAUGAGAGCGGGUUACGGCAUGUUUGCAGUUCAACAUGGCGGCUGGUGUGCGGCCAGUGCAAUAGCGCCACAGACGUUUAACACGUAUGGAAAGUCUACAGCUUGUAAGGAUGACGGCGAAGGUGGACCAUGGGGUAAUCAAGUCUAUGUGAUCAAUGGUAAGACUGUGUUUCGAGACACGCCUCCAAUCUGAAUUUGAUGAUGAGACAUGAGCCAUUUCAUGCUAUCAGUUACCGAGAAUAUUGGACACGUUUUCAUUUUUUAUGCAACCAGCUUUUUGUCACAGUUAUUUAAUUCUGAAGGUAACUAUUGUGUAACAUAUCGUAAUGGAGCACAUCUUAAGGUAACAAGGCACGACAACUAUGAUAAAUAAAUAUAAAGAUAGCCUGGUUCCCCAUCAGUUAAAAGUGACGGAACCCGUAACUUUAAAAACGUAAGUCCAUUCUCAUACACGGAUGUUUUAUCCUGCGUUUAGUUUUGUAUUCAGGAUAUGAAUCCAUUGGAUGCUUCCGGGACAGGCCAAGUCGAGCAAUUCAACCCUUGGAAGGAAAGAGUUCCCUUUUGGAUGGAACAUAUUGGACUCGAACGAAUCCCAUUGCAAAGUGUGCUGCAGCGGCUAUAAGAGCAGGUUACAGCAUGUUUGCUGUUCAACAUGGCGGCUGGUGUGCAGCCAGUGUUACAGCUGCGAAGACGUUUGACAAGUAUGGAAAAUCUACAUCUUGUAAGGAUGACGGCGAAGGCGGACCAUGGGGUAAUCAAGUUUUUGUGAUCAAAGGUAACGUAGCUUUUGGAUACACGCCCGUCAUUUAUUUAGGUGAGAGACGUCAGCUAGUGCAAAAUGAUAAUAGUUGCCAAGCAUCUUGAAAAUAAUUUUCCUUUGUAUAAAACCUGGCUUUACGCUAAUGACUGGGUUCACCAUCAGAUAAGUGACAGAAAAGUUAACUCAGGAACCAUUUCCGUAAACUCUCUUUAAACCCAUAAAAGCACCAACUCUCAAAAUUCAAAUGCAUAUUUGAAAUUACAGGGUCCGCGCAGAAGUUUCCGAAGGGCGGGAACCAGUGGAUUGAACUGCGCAUGCUAAGGAAAGUGGGGGUUGGGGUAAGAGAUCCGAGGACAUCUUCUAUGCAGGUUCAAAGGGAUCUAGCGGUUAUAAGAGAGUUAACAGGAUUUUGGCGAUAGAAUGAACAACCUAAGCGGCUGCAAAAGAACCUGAAAAUUCAGGCUUGACCGGGAAUAGAACGCUUUGCCUUUGCGAUGACCGGACGCCACGCUCAGAUUUUUCUUAGCAAAGAAGGAAUUGAUAAUUAUUGUCGAAAAGCUAAAUCCAUUGCGUUUCCAUGCAUGCCACUUUUUGAUAAAAAGCUUGAUGUUCCCGUACUCAAUUGUAAAUUACAAUGUCUAUAAAUGUGCACUCUUACAGACAUUUUAUAAACCCAUAAUAUAAUAUGUCUGCAGAUUUGACCACUUUUUGCGAGACUACAUCGCAUAAAAUGUCCAUGAAAUCCUAAUGUUUUCCUUGUAAAAUUCAAUCUACAUUUACAGAAAUUUUAAACCUUUCCAGCUUUUAAAAUGUGAUCAUAGUCCUUGUAAAGUACUCAAGGAAAAAACUCUGUAUAAUAGAUAAGAUGAAAUGUGAACAAAAUCUUCGUAAAUUUAACAAAAUAACGGUGGAAAACGUUAAUGAAAAGUUGAAAAAAGUUUUUACAAUGUUUACAAAAAGUGCAAAGAAUGUUUGUACAUUAUACUCGGAGAACUACAAGGAAACUGUGCAAGAUGUUUGUUUGUUUGUUUGUUUGUUUUUUUUUUCAAUAAAAUAACAAUGGAAGGAAAACAGGAAGAACGCAAAUCCCAAAAAAAUGUGUGCAAAAGUGAACAAAAUGUUUGUAAAUGUCCAUAAACAAAGUACACGUCUUAAAAAUUUAAGUAUUUUAUUUUAAUUUUUUUCCAAAUGCUGACAUAAUAGAUAUUUGUUUCAUUAUUACAAUAAAGAAUUCAAUACAUACAUAUAGAAACGGUAUUUUAUACAAGGUACGUGUAAUUCUUCAGUCAUCGGAUUUAUAUAUAUAUAUAUAUAUAUACGUAUGGUUGACGGAAGAAAACAAGUAACUACAUAAGUAUCCCUACAAGCCUGUUUCGUGGUUGCCCACUCAUCAGGGGAUUUUAAUGAGAAUAACUUUACCAUUACUUAUAUACUAGACUGAUUUACAUAAUUUAUUCAGUGCGAGGUUCGUUACAUCAGUUGUUGCGCAAGAGGGCUUUGUUUCUGUGGCGGCAGGAAGACACGAGUUCAUUACGUUUGUUAAGUGUAGAGAGUUCAGGUCGGCAGAUGAUAAGGAAUUUUUCUUUAAGACAUAAGUUGCAUCGUUUGCUUGAGCUGUUGUACGGCAGGUGUGAAGAUAGAAUGGGCCAGGCGAUAGAGUAGUUGAUGUUGUUUUCUUUAAGAGUCCAGACGUGUUUGCUGAGUUCUGUGGAGUUUCUGUUCUUUGCGUGACGGAAUGAUGACAUGUGGUUGCUGUAUCUUGUUUUGAAGUCGUUCGCAGUAAGCCCGAUGUACGUUUCUGUCGUGUUGGUGUCUUUUCGUGUGACAGUAGCUUGGUAGAUGACAGCAGGCUGAAGGCAGUUCCCGUUGAGCGGGCAUGAGUUCUUUUGUCGGCAGUUGCAUUUCUUGUUGUUGUUGUUGAUGAUGGUGGGGGCGGAGUCGGCGGCAGCGGUGGUAGCAUUAGUCUUAGCAUGGGCAGUCAAGAUUCGUUUGUUGUGGUUGUCGAUGAUUUGUUUUGCGUUGUUCAUGCAGCUGUAACUGAUCUUGAUGGUGUUUCUGUUAAAGAUUUUUCGUAGCUUGUGGUCCUUGGGGAAGUGCUUGUCUAUUAAGGCGAGGAAUUUACGUCCAAUGUUGGUACUGGUGUUCUUGCUAAAGGGUGGGUUGUACCAUAGGAUGUUAUUGCGUUGUCGGUUUUUCGGUUUGCGUGUAUGGGUGGGUUCGUAGUGAAGCGUGCAGCUGUAUCCACUGUCGUCGAGUGCUUUCUGGUAGGCGGGCGCGGCUUGGUCGAAGGAGGCUUUGUCGGAUGAGAGAGAUGAUAAGCGUCUGUUGAUACCUGCGGGAAUGUUUUUUGUAGUGAUUGGUGGAUGGUUGCUCUCGUGGUGGACGUAUUGUAAUGUAGUGUUAGGCUUUGUAUACGGCUGGAAGGUGUUACGGCUAAGGUUGAAUGUGACGUCUAGGAAGUUGAUUACUUGUUUGUUAGCUUCUAUGGUGAUGCGCAAACCGUUAGCGUUGAAGAUGCGGCAUAUUUCUUUCUUGAUGUUCUCAGUUUCUCUAGGCGUAGCGUCAGUGAUGGCAAGUCCGUCGUCCCGGUAGAGUCCUACGUUGAUGUUGAGGUUCUGUAGUUGUGAAAGGAGGAAGCUACCGACAAGUUCACAUGUUUCAGCGCCGUCGUAGCUCCCCAUAGUUACGUCGAAUGUAGUGUCGCCUUUCUUUUGCCAGGGUUGUUGCUUGUAAAUUAAGAUUGAGCUUUUAGCGUGAAUAAUUAUUUUCUUUUCGUCAGCGGUGAUGUUGUCAUAAUCAGAUGCGAAAUCGAGUGCUUUGUUCAGGAGGUCUAGGCUGAUGGAUGGGUAGAAUUCUUCGAUGUCGAAACAGAUAAAGCUGAACAAAGCACUCGAUUUCGCAUCUGAUUAUGACAACAUCACCGCUGACGAAAAGAAAAUAAUUAUUCACGCUAAAAGCUCAAUCUUAAUUUACAAGCAACAACCCUGGCAAAAGAAAGGCGACACUACAUUCGACGUAACUAUGGGGAGCUACGACGGCGCUGAAACAUGUGAACUUGUCGGUAGCUUCCUCCUUUCACAACUACAGAACCUCAACAUCAACGUAGGACUCUACCGGGACGACGGACUUGCCAUCACUGACGCUACGCCUAGAGAAACUGAGAACAUCAAGAAAGAAAUAUGCCGCAUCUUCAACGCUAACGGUUUGCGCAUCACCAUAGAAGCUAACAAACAAGUAAUCAACUUCCUAGACGUCACAUUCAACCUUAGCCGUAACACCUUCCAGCCGUAUACAAAGCCUAACACUACAUUACAAUACGUCCACCACGAGAGCAACCAUCCACCAAUCACUACAAAAAACAUUCCCGCAGGUAUCAACAGACGCUUAUCAUCUCUCUCAUCCGACAAAGCCUCCUUCGACCAAGCCGCGCCCGCCUACCAGAAAGCACUCGACGACAGUGGAUACAGCUGCACGCUUCACUACGAACCCACCCAUACACGCAAACCGAAAAACCGACAACGCAAUAACAUCCUAUGGUACAACCCACCCUUUAGCAAGAACACCAGUACCAACAUUGGACGUAAAUUCCUCGCCUUAAUAGACAAGCACUUCCCCAAGG